AUGGCGACUCCCACAGCUGCCGACAUCUGCUUCACCCGGGAGCUGCACUCACGCUUCUUCAGCCUGGGCCGCUGCGUCCCAGUCUGCCGGGGAGACGGCGUGUACCAGCGAGGGAUGGACUUCAUCCUGGAGAAGCUCAACCAGGGGGACUGGGUGCACGUCUUCCCCGAGGGCAAAGUGAACAUGGGGCAGGAGUUCGUGCGCUUCAAGUGGGGCAUCGGGCGCCUCCUGGCUAAGUGCCGCCUCGACCCCAUCAUCCUGCCCCUGUGGCACGGGGGCAUGAACGACGUCCUGCCCAACACCCCUCCGUACGUGCCCCGCGUGGGGCAGCGGAUCACGGUGGUCGUGGGGCGACCGUUCAGUGUCCGGCCCCUCCUGGAGCGGCUCCGGGCUGAGGGCACAUCGACGGUGGAGAUGCGGAAGGCGCUGACAGAUUUUGUGCAGAGGGAGUUUGAAGCGCUGCGUGGCCAGGCCCGGGCCCUGCACGCUGCCCCAUAG